CAUCCUUUACCUCCUGCACAAUAUUGUUAGCUUCAGCAACCGCUGAUUCCGUGCGUGUUAGCUGCUCCUGAAGAUCCUUUUUUCUCAGCCUUUUUAGUUCCUGUACUGCCUUAGCAAACAUGGUGCAUUUUUUUCGCAGGCUUUUUAGCAAACCGCUUAUUCCGUGUGCAUUAGCUUCUCUUGCAGACCCUCUUUCUCAGCUUUUUACCUCCUGUACAGCCUUGUUAGCUUCAGCAACCGCUUUAUUCGGUGUGCAUUAGCCAUCUUUUAGGACCAUAUGACAUCCACCAUAUGACAUCCCCUUAUCUAAUAGUUGUAAGAUUUCUUUUUGAUAAUUGGAGGUAGUUUUCAGGUUGCAGAAAGCAUGGUUUCAAAUUGACAUUCAGUUUCCAGAUUUUUGUGAAGAAGCCUUUGCAUGGUUUCUUAUCAGUGCUGUUUUUUUAGCUUUUUUUAUCAGUUAGUGUAUGCUGUUUAAAUUGAUUUUUCGUUCAAGGUGAUAAUUUGUUCUAUUUCCUCACCUGGUUCUCCGGGAGCGCCUCCCCUUCUGACGGCGGGCGCUUGGAUUCAUCUCGUCGGCGAUGGCAGCCGAAGUUGUUAAUCUCCCAGCUAUUGAACCUCAAUGCAAGGCUACAAUACAAUCUAGGUUUUCAACACUUAGGUUCAUGAAAGUUGUGAAACAAUUUAAUGCUAUUCAGAAGUCCUUUAUAUCAAAGCAUCAUCUGGAAAAUCUUCUGAAACUACCUGAACACUUGAUGGUUCCUUUGCAUCUUCAGCAGUGGCUACUCGACUAUACAUCAUAUGGUCAAAGGAAAUUCUUUCAACACAAAGAGAAGAUCAUAUUCUUCACGAAAGAUAUUGUUGACAAAGUGUUUGGUUUUCCAUUGGGCACUAAGCCUUUUGUUAUGGAUAGCAGUGACCCUGAUAUUAUCAUAGAGGUGGAACAGCUGCUUGCUCAGUACAAGCAGGGGAGGAAGACCAUUCCAGUGAAGGUUCUGGUGUCUAUAUUGCUUGGCGCUAACAGUGAGGAGGUUUUCAUUAGGAGUUUCAUACUGUUCUUCAUAACAACAGUUCUUUGUCCUUCGACCUAUAAUUUUGUCAACCCAAAGUAUCUAUACUGUUUGAGGGACAUUGACAUUCCAGAAGUUGGGAAUCUUGACUUUGGAACUCUAUGUUUGAACCACCUGUGGUAUGAGAUGGAUGCAUGGAAGGAUAAAAUAUUCAUGAACACAGGCGACUUCAACAGGCUUACAUGGAUUGGCGGUUGCCUUCCACUACUGGCUGUUCUAUACUUGGAUUUCCUCGAUUUCAAUGACAAUGCCCCCCCAUUGAUUAUAGUCUGCCUAGGAUGUCCUUCAUCGGAAAUGAAGAUUUCUCCUAUCUCGUGAAUUCAGAUCGUAACAUAACGUCUCGAAAAUCAUAUGGGGUGCUACCAAUAAGGGACAUUUCUCUAACUCCAUAUGGCACUCCUAUACAAAUCCUCCUAGAUGCACCUCAGGCAAGAGAUGGUGAUGUAGUUUUGCAAGUUGUUGCUAAUGAUCUCAUAGAUCAUCCACUAGAACCUAAUCAAGCCAUCCUGGGCGAGUUAUUCGUAGAUGAUUUUAAUGAAGAUGGCUACUACAAUCAGGAGGGGGCGAAACCAGCAGUUGCACUUGUGGCGGGAGGCGAGUAUCACUGAAGCGGAGACGUCGUCCUGAACUCGCUCACCCUUGAUCAGUCGACUUUUUGAGAAACCUGAGAGUUGUGAAGACGUCUUGAUUGUCUGUUUAGUCGUCCCGUUUGCGUCCUUUUCGGUUCUGCUUAGUGUUGGUAUCGAGCGAUUUUAAGCACAGCUGUAAGAUUGUCUUAUUAGUCGUCCUGUUUGCGUCUUU